AUGGCGGCGCAGCUCGCCCCCCUCACCGCCGCCGCCGCGCUCCGGCUCGGCAGCCGCGGCCUCCGCAACCGCCACCGAGUCCUCGCAUCGCUGCGCCCCUACUCUUCCGCUCCCCCAGCUCAUCCUUCCGCUGUCCCCGCCGCUGCACGCCGGCUCCCGACGCCCCCCCCGCCUCCUCGCCGCCUCGCCCGCACGCUCGCCGCCUCCGCGGCCACGGCCGUCUCCGAGCCCCAGACGGAUUUAGUGUCUGGUCCAACAACGUCAAGCAAGGGCAGGAUCUACCACGAGACAUAUGGGUGUCAAAUGAAUAUAAAUGACAUGGAGAUUGUGCUUUCUAUCAUGAAAAAAGAAGGUUAUGAUGAAAUUGUCCCGGAUCCUGAGAGUGCAGAGAUAAUAUUUAUCAACACAUGUGCAAUCCGUGACAAUGCAGAGCAGAAAGUCUGGCAGAGGCUCAACUACUUUUGGUUUCUCAAAAGGAAAUGGAAAUCUAAUGUCGCUGAAGGGAGAUCAAAAUCACUGCGGCCUCCAAAGGUUGCUGUCCUUGGGUGCAUGGCUGAGCGGCUGAAGGAGAAAAUACUUGACUCUGAUAAGAUGGUUGAUGUUGUUUGUGGACCUGAUGCAUAUAGGGAUUUGCCUAGGCUGCUCCAGGAAGUCGAUUAUGAGCAUAAGGGUAUGAACACGCUUCUCUCACUUGAGGAGACUUAUGCUGAUAUCACCCCAGUAAGGAUCUCUGACAAUUCAGUUACAGCAUUUGUGUCGAUUAUGAGAGGUUGCAAUAACAUGUGCUCAUUCUGCAUAGUUCCCUUCACUAGAGGUAGGGAAAGGUCCCGUCCAGUGUCUUCUAUUGUCCGAGAGGUUGGUGAGCUGUGGAAAGCGGGCGUGAAGGAGGUGAUGCUUCUUGGUCAGAAUGUAAAUAGUUACAAUGACACUUCUGAAGUAGAAGAGUUGGAGCCUGGAAAAAACUGGCAACUUAGUGAAGGAUUUUCUAGCAUGUACAAGGUGAAAAAUAUGGGACUGCGUUUCGCUGAUCUCCUCGACCGAUUAUCUGUGGAAUACCCUGAGAUGCGGUUCAGGUUUACCUCACCACACCCAAAGGAUUUCCCAGAUGAACUACUGUAUUUGAUGCAGGAUAGGUAUAACAUAUGCAAUCUUAUUCACUUGCCAGCGCAAUCAGGCAGUACAGAAGUGCUGGAACGAAUGCGGAGGGGUUAUACUCGAGAAGCAUACUUAGAGCUUGUGCACAAAAUUCGUAAUGUCAUUCCUGAUGUUGGGCUAAGCAGUGAUUUCAUAACUGGUUUUUGUGGAGAGACAGAAGAUGACCAUGCUGAUACCCUCAGUCUUGUAAGGGCUGUUGGAUACGAUAUGGCUUACAUGUUUGCAUAUAGCAUGAGAGAAAAGACUCAUGCUCACAGGAAUUAUGAGGAUGAUGUUCCCGAAGAUGUCAAGCAGAGGAGACUCACGGAACUGAUCAACGCUUUCCGUGAGACCACAAAGAAGAAUUAUGACUCUCAAAUUGGUACAGUGCAGCUUGUUCUUGUCGAGGGACCCAACAAGCGUGCUCCCAAAACUGAGCUGAUAGGGAAGACCGAUAGGGGGCAUAAGGUAUCAUUUGCCAGUGUCCCUAUACCACACACAUUUGAAGGUGAUGAAGCGCGUAAGCCAGUGGUUGGUGACUUUGUUGAGGUGAAAAUUCUCAGGUCGUCUACAGCAACAUUAUUUGGGGAGCCAAUUGUACGCACAAGCUUGAGCGUGUUCCACAAAAAUGCUGCAUCUGAAGCGCAGGCUGUUGCUGCAUAAUUAGUGGUUAGAUUUGUAGCAGUUCUGGACUAAAUUUGUAGUGGUACUUCAAGUGACUUUAAUUUUGAUAUAGGGAAGUUUAACUUGGUACACACAUCUUGGCCUUGUGGUAAAUUGUUGGUUGUUUAGUUUUGAUAUGGCAUAUGGUGCAAUGUUUUUAGUGGCUGAAGUCAAGAAUUUUCCACAUAAAACUGGCUGGUCAUGUGAAUUACAAUGUUUUUGAAUGUUGUAUCGCGAUGUAAAGGUCAAACAAUAUUGACAAAGUUCUUGCUUGUACUAUACACUUA